AUGUCUGGUGAUCUCGCUUGCACGUACGCCGCUCUCAUCCUCCACGACGAUGGUCAAGAGGUGACGGCUGACAAGAUUAACGCGGUCGUCUCGGCGUCCGGCAUGACGAUCGAACCGUACUGGGCGGGUCUCUUCGCCAAGUUCUUGGAGUCCAAGUCCGUCGGUGAUUUGAUCUCCAACGUCGGUGCGGGCGGUGGCGCUCCGGCUGCGGCCGGCGCCGCCGGUGCGGCCGGCGGUGACGCCGGUGCCGCCGCGGCCCCGGCCGAGGAGGAAGAGGAAGAAGAAGCCGAAAUGGACUUCGAUCUCUUCGACUAA